CCAGCUCUUGCAGUUAGCGUUCUCAACUCGAAUCGAACGGAGGUACUCAUCGAACUGUUGAAUAGCGAAAUCCCGAAAUGAACCCCCUGGGAAUGGUGAGUCUGGGCCUGGUCUUGUGCCUGAUAGGCGGUUUUAGCCGGAGUGCAUCGGCCAAGCUGGAGGAGAAAUUCUCGUGGAAGCAGCUGGCCUUCGAUUGGCCAUCUCCGGAGGCCGAGGCAGAGGCCAAGUCGAAUGGCCACUACAUCGAGGAGAACAACCUGCCACUGGGCGUGGAGCGCUGGCAAAACAGAAUCUUUGUCACUGUGCCAAGGUGGAAAGCUGGUGUUGCCGCCACCCUAAACUACAUCGAUCUCAAUUCGACAGAGAAGUCCCCGAAACUGCAUCCGUAUCCCAGUUGGGAGGCCAACAAGCUGCCCAUUGAUGUGAAGCCUCAGGAUCAGAAGACUCCAUCGGGCGGACGACUGGAUGCUGAUAAGGCUCAAGAUGCCGGCAUUCAGCUGAAGGACAACUCGACCAUAAUCUCUACCUUCAGAAUUCAGGUGGACGUGUGCGAUCGCCUGUGGGUUCUCGACACAGGUCUUGCCGACAUUCUGGGCAGUCCCAAGCAGAUUACUCCCAAUUCGAUUCUGGUCUUUGACCUGAAAACAGAUACGUUGGUGCGUCGCUUCACCAUUCCCGCUGAUCAAUCCAAGGAGGACUCAUUCUUUGCGAAUAUUGUUGUGGAUGCGGACCGCUCGGAGUGCCAGGAUGCCUUCGCAUAUAUCCCCGACUUGGGAGCCUAUGGCGUGAUUGUGUACUCACUGAGGAACGACAAAUCCUAUCGCGUGAAGCACAACUUCUUCCACUUUGAUCCGCUGCAAGGCGAUUUCAAUGUGGGCGGCGUUAACUUCCAGUGGACGGACGGUGUUUUUGGCCUGGCCGUGGGUCCCAUGAAUCCGGAUCACUCCAAGGACAUAUAUUUCCAUGCUCUGGCAAGUACCAAGGAGUUCAAGGUUUCCAACCGAGUGCUGCAGAACGAAUCCCAUGUAACCACCGGUGAUUCCUACUACGACUUUAAGUACGUUGGUGACCGUGGAAUGAAUGGGCAGUCCACCGCUGAGGUCUUUGACCCCGAGACCGGCGUCAUUUUUUACACGCAAGUAAACAAAGAUGCCAUCGCCUGCUGGAACAUCAAGCGCCCGUACACUCCGGACAACCAGGGGCUGAUCGACUCCGACUCGCACACUCUCGUAUUCCCCAACGAUAUGAAGAUCGACAACGAGGGCACGGUUUGGGUGCUGUCGGACAAGAUGCCAACGUAUUUGUACAAGGAACUCGAUCCCUCAGCCGUCAACUAUCGCAUUUUGACAGGCCAGAAUCGCGAUCUCAUCAAGGGAACACCAUGCGAAAUGUGAGCAGAUGAUAUUUGAAUCUACAUGCUGUGUUUGUGACGCGGUGCAUUUUUUAUUUACAUUAUGAUAUUAUUGUUUGUUAGUAAGUCACCUUAAUAAACUAUUUGAAAUGUGA